AUGGCUUUCGUUUCCAACGGAUCUGAGUACGACUUCAUCAUUGUCGGCGGUGGCACCGCUGGCAAUGCAGUCGCCGGUCGCCUUGCUGAGAACCCUGAAGUUCGCAUUCUGGUUGUUGAAGCUGGUAUCCCCAACCCGGACCAGAUUGAACAGAUCACCACCCCAUCGAAGGCUUUUACCCUCCGUGGAAGCAAGUACGACUGGUCCUACAAGACCACCAUGAUCAAGCGCGAUGACUAUGAGCGCGUUGAAAAGCCCAACACCCGUGGAAAGACCCUUGGUGGCAGCUCGUGUGCCAAUUACUUUACCUGGAUUCCGGGUUCAAAGCCCACCUUUGACGACUGGGAGGCCUUUGGCGGCCGUGAUUGGAACUGGGAUUCUUGCGUGGAGUAUCUCCGCAAGUGCGCCACUUACCACGACGAUGAGAAGCUCUACUCUACCGAAUUGAGUAAGAUUGGCUCCGGAGGCCCGGUGCAAAUUUCCCACGCCGACUUGAUCCCCGAGAUGAAGGGAUUCCGUGACGCACUGACUGAGGCCUGGGUUUCCAAGGGCCAGCCGCUGACCGAGGAUAUCUUCUCCGGCGAGAUGAAGGGUUUGACCCACUGCGUCGACACCAUCUACCAGGGUGAGCGCCAGGGCAGCUUCCUCUAUUUGAGAAAUAAGCCCAACGUGACAAUCUUGUACGGAGUUCAAUCGAAAAACCUGAUCAUUGAUCCUACCACUCGCAUCUGCUCAGGGGUCAAUGUCAUCAGCUCCGCCACCGGCCAGGAAAUGAGCGUCUAUGCCAGCCGGGAAGUCAUUUUGUCUCAGGGUGUCUUUGAGACUCCUAAGCUUCUCAUGCUUAGUGGUGUGGGCCCGACAGACGAACUGAAGAAGCACGGGAUCACUCCCAUUGUGGAGUCGCCUCACGUGGGUCAGCAUCUACUUGAUCAUCCAAUUGUGCCUUUUGUCCUUGAGGUCAAAGAAGGGUACAGUCUAGAUGAUCAUGUCCUCCGCUCCGGACCUCUGAAUGAUCAGGCACUGUCCACCUACCAAAAGGACAAGACCGGCCCUGUCAGCUCCGGGUUCCUGGAGCUUGUGGGAUUCCCCCGGAUUGACGAACGCUUAGAGAAGUACCCUGCCUACCGCGAGGCCAAGGCUGCCAACGGUGGACUAGAUCCAUUCGGUCCAGCGGGCCAACCUCACUUUGAGCUGGACUUUGUCGGCUUGUUCAGCACUGCAUUCCAGUGGCAUUACCCCAUGCCUGAGAAGGGCAGCUACAUGACGUGCAUUGUUGAUCUUCUGCGCCCCCUUUCCGAGGGCCAGGUCACUCUGAAUAGCUCGAACGCCCAGGUUCAACCCAACAUCAACCUCAACUUCUUUGGCAAUGACUUGGACAUUCUUGCUAUGCGGGAAGGUGUACGCUGGACAUACGAUGUCCUGACCAAGGGUGCUGGAUUCAAGGAUAUCGUUGUGUCCGAAUACCCCUGGAAGAUGCCUUUGAACUCGGAUGACGAUAUGAACCGAGCCGUUCUGGAUCGCAGCCAGACUGGAUUCCAUCCUUGCGGCACUGCACGUCUCUCCAAGAGCAUCCAUCAGGGUGUUGUGGACUCGAAGCUGCGAGUUCAUGGAGUACGGAACCUGAGAAUUGCAGAUGCUUCCGUCAUUCCUGUCAUUCCUGACUGCCGUAUCCAGAACUCGGUUUACAUGAUCGGUGAAAAGGGAGCGGAUAUUAUCAAAUCCGAGCACAAGGACCUUUACGAGUCAAAGAACAUUCCUUAUCUUGUCCCUAGCAGAUUGUAA